AUGGAAGCUGCCAUUUUGUCUCGUCCUCAUUCAUUUUUUACCUCUUUUCUUCGUUCUCCUUCCUUGCAUUUCUUAGCCAAUAUUUUCUUCCUCUCUUUUCUUUUCUCUAUAUCCAGAUAUAUGCCUCAUCCCUUAUUUUUUUACCAUACUGUAGUUUUCGUUCGUACGUCACUUACAUGUUUUUCCGUCGUUUGCACUUCCCUGUUAUUCUGUUUCUAUCUUCAUGCCAUGAUUCCUUCCAUCACUAUUACAAGUUACACUUCUAACAUUAUAACUUCUUUCUUUCUUUCUUUCUUUCUUUCUUUCUUUCUUUCUUUCUUUCUUUCUAUCUUUCGUUCUUUCGUUCUUUCUUUCUAUCUUUCUGUCUUUCCUUCUUUCUGUCUUUCUUUCUUUCUUUCUUUCUUUCUAUCUUUCUUUCUUCAUAUUUAUAAAUUUCUUUCUUUUUUUGUAUUACCCAUCGUUAUUCUUGCAAUAUAA